AUGCUUGGUUUCAGAGCUCCGCGUCUCUGCGCCCGGCCGCUGGCUGCGGCGCCGAUUCGGGCGUUCCGGCCGUUGAACUUCUCCACGACGGCGUCUGCGCGGGCAGCCGAGAUCCGCGAUGUCUCGUCACUCCCUUCGCGGAUCACUCCGAAGUACCGCGAUCCACCAAACUCGACCUCCGGUCUGCUAUCGCUACACUGGCCGACGCCACCCCGAAACAUCCUCCUGAUGCCGAAACUGCGAUCCCCCCAAGUCCUCCGCGCGACUAUCGACUUUGCGAAGCACCUGAACAGCACAUACUCGGGCUUGAACCUGAUAUUCGAACCCAGGGUUGCGCAAAUGGUUCACGAGUCGUUCAACUUCCCCAUCUACACCUGCGAUCCUUCGACGUUCCCCGACAAGAUCGACAUGAUCACGACACUGGGCGGCGACGGCACCAUCUUGCGCGCUGCGAGCCACUUCAGCAUGUACUCUGCCGUCCCGCCGAUCCUCGCCUUUAACUUCGGCACGAUCGGGUUCCUGGCAGAGUGGAAGUUUGAGGAGUACAAACGGGCCUGGAGGGAGGCGUACAUGAGCGGUAGCGGCGUCGCCGUCCAGGACCUCUUGUCGCCGCACACCCGAGUCGCGAGCGGAGAAAAGGAACACGAUACCCACAACGGAGGCCAGUCCGGAUGGCAUGCGUCUCCGGGCAAGAGCAUGGGCCAGAGCCGGGCGGCCAAGAUCCUGCUUCGGCACCGGCUGCGCGUCGGUGUCUAUGACAACAAUGGCCAGAACAUCAACAGUCAGUUGCUUCCGACGACGAAAUCCCAGGCGCAUCUGCCAGCAAUCCCUCCCGAGGACACAAUCCUAACAAAAAGAGACAUUCCUCAACCAAUCCACGCCCUCAACGAGCUUCUCAUCCACCGUGGCCCGAAGCCUCACCUCGCCCACAUCGACAUAUACCUUAACAACCGUUUCCUGACCGAAGCCGUGGCCGACGGCAUACUCCUCAGCACACCAACAGGCUCGACAGCCUACAGCCUCAGCGCCGGCGGGUCCAUCAUCCACCCCCUCGUAAAGUCGCUGCUCAUCACGCCCAUCUGCCCGAGGAGUCUGAGCUUCCGGCCUUUGGUCUUGCCCUUGAGCACAAAGGUGACCCUCAAGGUCAGCAGCAAGAACCGCGACGGCGAGCUCGAGGUGAGCAUCGAUGGCAAGAGAAGCGCCGGUGCCGGGAUUGGCACAGAAAUCCGCGUCGAGGGCGAGAUGGUCGGCGAAUCCCCCGACGGCGACUGGAAAGGCGGCGUGCCCUGCGUCAUCUGCGGGCCAGGUAAGGGUGACGCCUCGGAUUACGACGAUGACGGGUGGGUGGGCGGUCUCAACGGCCUCCUGAUGUUCAACUAUCCCAUCGGGAGAGGACAGUAG